ACUUGCAGAAAAAAUUAAUAAAAAAAACAGUCUUCACGCGCAUACAGGCACAAUCACAGUGCCCAUUCCGAUCACCGGAUAAAUGGUUCCGGUGGCCGGGCGUUGACUCUAGAAGCCUUUAAAAAAUUGGAAGUGGGAAUUGUUUUGAGUUUUGAUCCUUAGUUAAUAAUGGAUUCUGAGAAAGAAAGAGAAAUGGGGAUGGAGAUGGAGAAAGAAGAAACCCUAGACGAUAGGAAGAAGGGUUUUGAUUAUGUCGUGUUACGAUUGAUUUUAGCGAUUAUUUUCGCAAUCUUUGCUUUCUUUUCCUUAUCCUUAUUUAUAGGAUUCAUAGCAGUUUUGGCCGCCCACUUCUCCAUUGCCACUCCCAUCUCUGUUCCCACUCAGUGCAGGAUAGUCUCCAGCAGUGUGGAUCUCAAAUCAUCCAAGGUCUGCGAACUUGGAUUUUUGAAUUAUAAAGCCAAAUAUGUCUUUUAUCCUUUUGAAAGAAGUAAAUUUCGGUGUCGUUAUGAUUAUUAUUGGGCUUCAGUGUUUGAGGUGGAAUACAAAGACCCUUCUUUGGGUCACACACAACUUGCAUUUGCUGAGGCUCCAAAUGAAGCGCUUCCUCUAAAUUGCAGGCCUAGUUUUGGCACUGCAUGGUUGACCAAAGAUAGAUUUAAGGUUAAUAAAACUUAUGAGUGCUGGUAUACAAUUGGCAUUUCCAAAGUAAGCAUAUAUCGUGAUGGCUUCUUCCCUUGUCAAGCCAAAGAUCCAUCUGCUUUUGAAAUGAUUAGACGCUAUAUAAUCCUGUUCAUGAAGAUAUUACGCUCCUGGUUUGUCCAAAAAAGGGGGAAAUCAAGUUAUUGGAGAUGGGAAACAAUAGCUGGCAUUGUUACUGGUUUUUCAACUUCUUUGAUCUCCUUAAGCUUCUUAAAAUUCCUACAACAAAUGAAAUCAUGGUUGCCCCAAACCUAUGUAGCACGGAUGGUUGCGCCAAACACAAAACUGGUCUUCUUCAAGCGUGCUUGUUUUCUUGUGGCAUACUUCUCUGUUGUGGGUUGGCUGGUAAUCCAGUAUGGUAAAAGGCUUGGACUCUCUGAAAUUUACGGAAUAUACAAUCACUAGUAUAUGGUCACAAUGCAAAGAUGUAGAAUUCAGUGGUUGCUUGAUGUAUUAUAUAUACGUCGCGGAUUGGUAAGAUUUCUCCGUUACUACUAGAAAUUCACAGGUUCAAACUUGGUUAAAAUUGUGUACAUCUGAUUCUGUUCAAAGCUUGCAGUACCCAUUUACAUACGUGGAGCAAAUAAUGUAUGUGGUUGAGAAAGUAGUCUUCAGUGUAGUUCAGAAAGUAGUCUUCAUGUAUAGGACAUCUUGUGAUAUGAUAACAACUCUUAUGUACAAGGUACUUUCAUUAUUAUUUUGAAGGUUCAGGAAUUGAUUAAAAUAAAAAGAAGAAAGUAACUAUUCUCUAUC